CUACACCUCAGAAGCUCAGUUCCGGUUUACAACAAACACCCGGCACAAUCACUCGAGCGAAACCAUAGGUUUUAGUUUUAAUCAGGUUAUUUCGCUUGUUCGGCGAAGAAAAUUUGCUUUCAUCAUGCUCCUGCUUACCGCUCUAGCCGUUCUUCUUAUUGUGCCAGGUCUCCUGGGCGCUGACAAAACAAAGGGACCCAAAGUCACCGAUAAAGUUUACUUUGAUAUAUCAAUUGGAGGAGAAGAUGCAGGCAGAAUAGUUAUCGGCCUGUUUGGUAAAACUGUCCCCAAAACUGUGAAAAACUUCAAAACUCUUGCAGAGGGAACUGAGGAGAGGGAUGGAAAGAAACUUACUUAUAAAGGCAGCAAGUUUCACCGAGUUAUCAGGGAUUUUAUGAUCCAGGGUGGUGACUUUACUCGAGGAGAUGGUACAGGAGGUAGAAGUAUUUAUGGAGAGAAAUUCGCUGACGAGAACUUCAAGCUAAAGCACUAUGGAGCAGGAUGGCUCUCCAUGGCUAACGCCGGCAAGGACACAAACGGAUCUCAGUUCUUCAUCACAGUCAAGAAAACGGAGUGGCUGGAUGGCAGACAUGUUGUGUUUGGAAAAAUCCUAGAAGGAAUGGAUGUGGUAAGGAAGAUUGAGAAUAACCCCACAGCUGCCGGGGACAAGCCAGUUAAGGAGGUGGAGAUUAAAGACUGUGGAUCUCUGCCUGUUGAUUCUCCUUUUGCUGUAGAAAAAGAAGAUGCUAAAUAAAUUUUAUAUAUUUUUUA